CUCAGAUACUUUAGUUUUACUAAAAAUCUUGCUAAGUUCUAAGAGGAUUAAGAAAAAAAAUAAAAAAAUUAAAAUGAAAUUAAUAACUUGUGUAGUACUACUUAUUUCAAUGGCUUGCUAUUGCCAGGGUUAUAGUUUUGUGAUACCGGCUAAAAUGGGCAUGCCUGGCGUUUGCAUGUUUAAUGGCAUGAUGCUGCAGCGUGGUGACAAUAAUAUGCCCUCUUCCUGUCAAAAUAUGCGCUGUAAUGAGGAUGGCACGAUAUUGGUGCAGGGUUGCGGUCAUUAUGACAUGCGUGAUUGCCGUGUUAUGGAUCCCAUUAAUCUCCAUAAGCCCUAUCCCGAUUGCUGUAAAAUGAACUUCAUGUGCACUAUGGCUAAUGGCCAGGUCUACAAUCAGCAAGUCUCGCCCUUAACUCAAGGAAUAUAUGCCUGAAACGAUUUGUUAAACAAGUAUUGCCCAAACGGAAUGAUAAAAAUAAAUAAUAUGCUAAAAUAAGCUACACAUUGUAGAUAAAAAUAUUUAAAAUUAAAGGCCUCUGUUGAACAUUAAACUUUAAUAUUUACUAUAA